AUGGAAACGAAUCCAAGAGGCAUCCCAAAAGUUCAAUUCGUGGAAAAUGUGGACGAAUUUGUCGCGAAAUCUGAUGCACCCGUGGAGAUCACACUUGGAAAAUUCCAAGAAACUAUAGCCAAAUAUAAAUUUAUGGAAAUCAAUUUCAUGAAUCGAAAAAAAGGUCUCGAGAUGAAAAUACCAGAAAUUAAAAAGACAUUGACUGUAGUUGAAUAUUUGAUAAAUAAACAGGAAUCCGAUGAACCUAUUGACACAACUUUCGAAUUGAAUGAUACUUUAUGGGCAGCCGCAAAAGUUAAAACCACUGAGACAGUUUAUUUAUGGCUUGGAGCGAAUGUAAUGCUUGAAUAUCCAUUACAAGAGGCAAAAGAGCUUCUCGAAGGUAAGCUUAAAUCCGCACAAACGAGUCUAGAUAAUGUGUUAGAAGAUUUGGAAUUUCUACGUGAUCAAGUAACCACAAUGGAAGUCAAUACUGCACGUUUAUACAAUUGGGAUGUCAAACGACGAAGAACAUCCAAAGGUGCUACUGAGAUUACUGCAUAA